AAAUGUGAAAUGCGUGCGUGUGUUUUGUGUCGGUGUGUUGUGUCUCUGUUCUUUUAAUGCGUUGUUUUCGCUUUAAUUUUGAUAAAGGUAGCUUGGAUGAAUGAAGUCACAUAGCAGCAAGUUUUGAGCUGAAGAUUAUCAGACCCUUUCUUUUUACUGAGUAUACCCACUCACAGAUCUAGCAUGGGUAGGGGCAUUAUGGAAACAUCAGCUUGGCCAGACAGUGAGGCGUGCUGGUUUCUCUCACAAGAGGUAUUUCGCUCACUAAAGCAGAUCUCUGACACCAUUGAGGAGUGUAUAGAGCUGUUUCCAUCACUGCUGCAGGACCCUCAUGAAGCACAGGCUCGCCAGGAGCGGUUUGUGAUGCAGCAGGCAGCCAACCAGAGCUCUAAUGACACAGCCAAGUGUGUGCUAGUGUUGCAGGGUAACCUCAUAGUCCAGGCUGAACUGCAGAUUAAAAUUCAAAAGCACCCCAACACCAUACACAAGACAUCCAUCAACCAGGACAAACCAUGGGUGCUGACACAGAUUCAGGAUUCCGGCAACUUCCUGGCUGAAGCCCGACGGAAGGUUCGCGAGGCGGCGCAGUUGCGCCAGCGGCUCGCCGCCGACGACGCCAAAACGGAGCCGGACGUCCAGCUGCUGCGCUUCAUCGCCGCCCGCCUGGGCGUCAUCAUGGACGAGCUGAUGAUGGUGCUGAAGCGCGGCCGCGACUGCUUGCUCAGCCCGCGCAAAAAGACCAUCGAGGACCACCUCAACAGCGAGAACAUGAAGGCGCUGAACCCGGCGCUGCCCGGAGACACCGCCGUCAGCUUCUACGUGCAGGGCCACCGGCUGAUGCUGGCCGUCUACCACCUGGUCUCACAGCAGGGCAACAUGCGCUUCGACUCGUUUCUCGCCGAGUGUACAGUCUCCAAGCUGAACAGCAUUCUAAUCUGCUACACACGAGCAUUCCAGAUGUGCCAGCAGAUCAAGAACAAGCUGUUUUGGGCGACCAAAUGCAACGAAGUGAAGAAUUUCCGUUAUGCAGGGUUCGGGCAGAACAGCGUUUGGUGAGUUACCGUUUCAACUCGCACUGUGCGGUAUGUUCAUUUUUCAAUAUGUUUUCUCUUGUGUUGUCUGUAAAACUUAACGAGUAUGUUGCGAUUGAUUCCAUGAAACGACACAGUCAAGUGUGUGCUGUGACCUGUGUCGCCUGUGCUGUCAUCUGUACAGGGCUAUCCCAUCGCGACCAAACGAUGAGCAGUGAAAGGAAUUGGUUAACGUUUUCUUAGGAUGUAAUAUUUCCGUUAAAAUAUUUUCCCAUCCAAAUUCCGAUGGGUCACAUUAGUUGAUCAGUUGACUCAUGAAUGACUAAUGAGCGACACCGAUUUUAUGUUUCGGCAUUCUAACUAGUUGGACAUGGGACAAAAGAUAUAAAUCGUAUUGAUUGUCCUUCGUUGUCUCAUUUUCAGUGAGGUGACAUAAGAUGUUAUAAUUAAUCGAGGUGUAGAACAUACUCAUACGGAAGUAAUUUGUCAGCCGGGCUAUAAGUCGUAGUCAUUAGUGGAGCGUGGCGACCACUGUCACCAUUCCCCUA